AUGCCUAAUAUCUCUGUUGGGAAAAGAGCACUUCUUGGUCGCCCGUGUCUGACAUGCCAGCAGCGAAAGAUCAAAUGUGACAGAGGAAAGCCAACGUGUGAGCGAUGCGUCAAAGCUGGUUUUAAAUGCGAUGGCUAUCCCGUUGAGCCGUUUGUUCAUGUAGUCCCUACACCCAGAAACGGGCAAUCAAACAAAAUCACAUUGAAACGGGUUCGUAAUAGCAACAAUAAUCACACCCCAAUUGAGGAGAAACCGAAAAGAGCGCAAGAAAAGUUACAACUUAAGUCUCUCACGGAGAAGAUCAACAUGGCACCCGAGAAUCGCACGCAGGUUCUAUCGUAUUUCCUAGAGAGGUAUAUGCCAGCCUCAAUGACUAGCUACCGCACGUUCGAAACGCCAUCGGCAUGGAUCAAGGACCUGCCCAAUCUACUUGGUCGAUGGGAAAUUCUAGAUACUGCACUGACCGCACUCUGCCUGGCAUAUAUCGGCGACCUGCAUCACGACAAGACUCAUCUGCAGGAGAGUCAGCGAUUCUAUAGCUCGGUGCUCCGGAAAAUGGGGUCCUUGCCAUUGGAAUCGAUCAAGUCGGCCAAUGAGGGCGUUUUGGCUACCACUAUGAUCAUGGCCAUGUAUGAGCUAUUCCAUUGCACCUAUAGAGGCUUGCAAGGGUGGAUGUUUCAUGUCAAAGGUGCUUGUAGGCUUCUACAGCUUCGCGGCCCGCCGUCACAAGAACUCCCCCUCAAUCUGAGCUUGUAUAGCAGGAUACGGAUUACUGCGGUAUGGGAUGCGUAUGGAACCAGGAAAGCUCUGUUUCUUGCCCAGCCAGAAUGGCAGGGUUUGUCGGAAACUCCCCACGAUCAUCUUCUCGAUCUCUUAGUGUUUAUUCCAGGGCUCCUCGAAAGGUCCGACAAUAUGACUGCCGCAGUCAACGAGUCACGUGGGAUGAACAACGUGGAGCUAUUUUCGGUUGAUGAUCUGCUUGGCUGCUGGCUCGCUAUCCACCAUCGCUUGACCAACUGGUAUUCCGAGUUCGAUGCCCAGGAGUCUGCAGGUCUGUUCAAAAUCGGGCCCCUUGAGCCAAACAACCACCCGUAUCUUGAAGAGAACCCCGAACUUCAUGCUGUAUUUCCGCAGGUUGUCACAUUCAAGGACACGUAUAUCGCGCAGAUCAUGCUUUUAUACUGGUUUUCCCAGGUAAUCAUUCACACAGCGACGACGAAGUUAUAUGGAAUCAGAGAGAACCACAGAGCGUCAAUAAAUGCCAAGUUUGUGUCUAAAAAUCACAAAAGAGUACACAAUGAGGAUAUGGAAGAUGCGGAAAAGAUGGGUGGGUAUUAUGCUACGAAAAUAUGCCAGUCCAUCGCCAGUCUCAGAGAAGGGUAUGGUUUUCAAAUAGCAAUGGUCCCUCUCUGGGCAGCGCAGCAGUUCUUCGACGCCAGCGGAGAUGCAGAGAAGUUUCUAUGGUGUCAGGAAGUAUUGAAAGGAUUUGGAAAAGUUGGUGGAUUUGUGUUGGCUGCGGCGUUAGGAAUACUCACACCGAAGCAAUACCCCGGAAUUACUUCAAGUGUCUGA